UCCCCGCCUCUCUCUCUCUCUCUCUGUCGCUUGAGGGUGAAGUGGGGAAGGCGCAGGAAGAGAGAGUGGCGUUCGUUCUCUGGGCAGAGGAAGGGGAAGCGCGCGGGUCUUGUUCCGUCAUCUCGAUGCCUCGCGGGCUGCUCUCGUGAGGGAGGCUCGGCUGCCCUGACAGAGCGAGCCAGGCGCCCCGCCGUGUUGACAGGAGGAGGAAGCCGUCCUUCCCUCCUCUCGCCCGCAUCCCUGGAGGAAGCGAAGGGGAAGAGGGGCUGAGGGCACCCUCCUCUUCCUCCUCUUCCUCUUCCUCCUCCUCCUGGCGAUGUGGGUCCGCUUGUGAGAGGGUUGGGGGGCCGCCCUCCCUUCCCCGCCGCCUCUGGGAAGGCGAGAGGAGCCGCCGCCGCCGCUGCCGCAGAGGCCGCAGGCAUCGCUUGUGAGGGGAGAGAGAGAGCGAGCGAGGAGGAAGAAGAAGGGGGAAAAGGAACGCUGAAGGAGGAGAAGGAACCUUUCCUGGCAAGAUGGCCGACUUGGAGGCUGUGCUCGCCGACGUGAGCUACUUGAUGGCCAUGGAGAAGAGCAAAUCCACUCCCGCCGCCCGGGCCAGCAAGAAAAUCGUCCUCCCUGAGCCCAGUAUCCGCAGUGUUAUGCAGAAAUACCUAGAGGACCGGGGUGAGGUGACCUUUGAAAAGAUAUUUUCUCAGAAGAUUGGGUUCCUGCUGUUCCGCGACUUCUGCUUGAACCAAGUGGAAGACGCCAAACCAUUGGUUGAAUUCUAUGAAGAGAUCAAAAAGUACGAGAAAUUGGACUCUGAUGAAGAUCGAGCUAUUAAGAGCCGCCAAAUCUUUGACAUGUACAUCAUGAAGGAGCUGUUGUCCUGCUCUCAUCCCUUCUCCAAGACUGCUACGGAGUAUGUGCAGAGCCGCCUCAGCAAAAAGCAAGUGCCACCUGAUUUGUUCCAGCUAUACAUUGAAGAGAUCUGCCAGUGUCUGAAUGGAACUGUCUUCCAGAAGUUCAUUGAGAGUGACAAAUUCACACGCUUCUGCCAGUGGAAGAAUGUAGAGCUGAAUAUCCAUCUGACCAUGAAUGACUUCAGCGUCCACCGGAUCAUUGGGCGUGGCGGCUUUGGGGAGGUCUACGGCUGCCGGAAAGCAGACACAGGCAAAAUGUAUGCCAUGAAGUGUCUGGAUAAGAAGCGAAUUAAGAUGAAGCAGGGGGAGACACUGGCUCUGAAUGAGCGCAUCAUGCUGUCCCUUGUCAGCACUGGGGAUUGCCCUUUCAUCGUGUGCAUGUCAUAUGCCUUCCAAACACCUGACAAGCUCAGCUUCAUCCUGGACCUUAUGAAUGGGGGUGACCUACAUUAUCACCUCUCUCAGCAUGGGGUUUUCUCUGAGGUUGAGAUGCGUUUCUAUGCAGCAGAGAUCAUCCUAGGGCUGGAGCACAUGCACAACCGCUUUGUGGUGUAUCGGGACCUGAAGCCUGCCAAUAUCUUGCUGGAUGAAUUUGGCCAUGUCCGCAUCUCAGAUCUGGGGCUUGCCUGUGACUUUUCUAAGAAAAAGCCUCAUGCCAGUGUAGGCACACAUGGAUACAUGGCACCAGAAGUGCUCCAGAAGGGUGUAGCCUAUGAUAGCAGUGCUGACUGGUUCUCUCUUGGCUGCAUGCUGUUCAAACUCCUGAGGGGGCAUAGCCCCUUUCGGCAGCACAAGACUAAGGACAAACAUGAGAUUGACCGCAUGACACUCACCAUGGCUGUAGAGCUGCCAGAUUCCUUCUCCCCUGAGCUGCGCACUCUGCUGGAGGGACUCCUUCAGAGAGAUGUCAACCGUCGCCUGGGCUGUAUGGGCCGUGGAGCACUUGAGGUAAAGGAGAGUCCCUUUUUCCAGGGUCUGGACUGGCAGAUGGUUUUCCUCCAGAAGUACCCACCCCCCUUGAUCCCACCACGUGGGGAGGUGAAUGCAGCAGAUGCCUUUGAUAUAGGUUCUUUUGACGAAGAGGACACCAAAGGAAUCAAGCUAUUGGACAGUGACCAGGAGCUCUAUCGCAACUUUCCGCUCACCAUCUCAGAGCGUUGGCAGCAGGAGGUGACAGAGACUGUGUUUGACACAGUCAAUGCUGAAACUGACAAGCUGGAGGCCCGUAAAAGAGCCAAGAACAAGCAGCUGGGCCACGAGGAAGACUAUGCUCUGGGCAAGGAUUGCAUCAUGCAUGGCUACAUGUCAAAGCUGGGGAAUCCUUUCCUUACUCAAUGGCAGAGGCGAUACUUCUACCUCUUCCCAAAUCGUUUGGAGUGGCGCGGAGAGGGAGAAUCCCCGCAAUCCCUACUUACCAUGGAAGAGAUUCAGUCAGUAGAGGAGACACAGAUAAAGGACCGGAAGUGUAUCCUGCUUAAGAUUCGGGGAGGCAAACAGUUUGUCUUGCAGUGUGACAGUGAUCCCGAGCUAGUUCAGUGGAAGAAGGAACUACGUGAUGCCUACCAAGAAGCUCAGCAGCUGCUGCAGAGGGUUCCCAAAAUGAAACACAAGCCACGCUCUCCAGUGGUGGAACUAAGCAAGGUCCCGCUGAUCCAGCGCAGCAGCAGCAGUACCAACGGCCUCUGACCCUCCUCGCCUUCCUCUCCCAUCCUUAAUUUAUUCGGCUGGGUUUGUCCACCAUGCCCACCCUCUUCUCCUGUCUCUUUUUGCUGAUUGUUGUGACGUCCACCCCAGCCCCCUGGGGUAUAGUGAGGGGGUGGGGCAUCCAGAAGGUGUGGGACAGGUUUCCCCCCUCCUCCCAGCACGUGGGAAUCGAUACCAAUUUAAGGGGAAGAAGCCUAGUUGGUAAGGUGGGUCUGAGUCAACCUGUUCCCCACUGAGCAAGGCUCGGAUUUUCGAUCCCUGCCUCUAAAUAGGACCAACGUAAGGAGAUGUUCUGAGGUGUGUCAUGCAUCUUGAGCACUUCCUACUUCCUCCCGGUAGUGCCAAACAUAAGAGGGGCAUCACAGAACAUGGUGGUAUGUGAGAAAGCAUAUCUUCUGUGAUAAGUCCCUCAACACUAGUGAGGAUGAAGAUAAAUCUGUUUGACAAUCUGAAUUACAACCCCUUUACAAUCCAGCACCAGGCUCUGAAGUCAGUGCCGCAGUAGAUCUUGAAGGAAGUGUGCUCUGGUUCUGGCAGCGAGAAUUCCAGAGUGUGUAUGUUCUUUCACUGCCACCACCCUUUGCUCGGUGAGCCUUGGUGAGGCAGCCAUUGUGCCAUAAGCAUAUCUGUCAGGAUUGGCCUCAGUUAUCCCAUGGGGGAUACAUCAUAAGGAAUUGCCUUGAAACUGUUACAUUCUAAGAAAAAAACUUCUAACAUAAGUGAAAGUUUACUCCCAUUUCUUUUCUCCUUUCCUGUUCCUAAAUCCAGGACCUUAAUCCUUACGUACAACCUCUUUUUGUCCCUCUAGCUACUGUCACAGUUCUGAUGUUUCUGACCCAGGGUGGCGGCUGCUCAUGCAGCUGGCCUUAGGAAUUGCAGUUAUUUUCCUCUGCUGUCCUGCUAUGACGCCUGAACAGACGUUCUUUGUCUACUGUGCCAAAUUUCAAUAUGAUUUUAAUGUCCCUCCCAGUUGGCCCAGUAGAGUAUAUAUAAAGCUGUCCUCCCUGCAACCCCCAGGCCAGAUCUGGACAGGUUCUCUGCAUUUGACUUGUCCAGACUGUAUUGUUGCCUCGUACUCUGCUCUUAGGGGGCAGGGUGAGAACUGCCUCUACUUUGCUGCCUCCACUGCCAAAGCCCACCGUGUGUUUCUGUGGAAAGAGGGAGGGGCAGACUUCAUGCCAAAAGAGAUUCUGAGCUGCUUGAGUCCUCUCGGGGUUGGGGCUGGAGUGGGGGAUGCAGUAGCUGGAAACACAGCCUGGAUGGGGCCCUGUGCCAACUCCCAAGUAUCUGAAGGAUUCUGUAAAUAUUUCCGUGCCAAGGGGGCCAGGCUGGGUUUAAAAAGCUGGGUCCAUUCCUCCCCUCCCUCCAGUAUGCCUUGUAUGAACAGCACCUCCUACCACCACCUCCCCAGCAGUGUUAUGAUUUCUCCCACAGGAUGGUGAGGAAUCCCAAGGUGAAUUAAUCCAAUGCCCCUCCUCCUUCCUCCAUUUGCAGGGGUUGGGGUGGAUGGCUUUCAGUUGGGGAUCAGGUCUCGUCCCCACGGUCUCAUGCCCCAAGCGCAUGCGAUUGCCUCUGCUGCAUGCCUCCCCCCCCCCCCCAUGUGAUGAGUUUUGCCUGUUCAGCCACCUGGCUCCUCCAUUCCUUCCAUAGUGAUAUGCUGUGGAAGGGGAGAGGUGGAAUGAAGCCCCUUCCUUGCAGUGUUUGUACAUAUUGAUCUCUGGUUUGUCUCUCUGGGUUAUUAUUAUGGAUUUUUUGCCGAUUUUUGAAUGUGAUUUUAAUGAGUGGGAUAAAGACUGUUUUUUAUAAUAAAAAAAUCCAAAACCCGCAACUGGAAUAUAUAGACAUUUCACUAAUAGUAUUUACUAACAGUAUGCAUAAAACAUCACCGGGGUUGAUACAAUCUUAUGUAUGAAACUGCCUUGUAUUGAGUUAUACUGUUAGCUAAUGCCUUUCUCAGCCAAGUGUUUUAUGUUUGUUUGUUUGUUUGUUUGUUUUUGGAUGAAUCCAAGACCAUAUACAUGUGACGUAUAUCUUCUGCCAUGGAGCUAUGAGUGUUAAUUUUGACCCUUGGUAGAAACAGGCAUGCAAGCCACAUAGUUUUGCUAGAAGAAGAAAAAAGAGAAUGCUUGAAUGUAUACAUAUAAUGUAAUUUGCAUUACAGUAGAUCACUAAACUCUGCCAUGCAUCAUGGGUGAAGAUCAACAGGCAGUUUCAUGGUCUUGCAGCACAUCUUAGACUGUCUGUCCAGACAAAAAAAUAGCUUUGUUGUUGAGAAAGGUACCAUCGUCUACUGUCUUAAACUAUAGAAGCAGCUUUUCUGCCUACAGGAAGGAUAGACCUUUGAAGGUAGUAUAAUGUAGAAAACACUUUCUACAUUUGGAAUUUGGAAUAUUUGGAAUAUUCUGCAUUGGAAUAUUGGCCAGAUUAAUAAAUUGGAUCCCUAUAACAAAGGAAUUUCUUGAAAGCCAAUUAGGAGUUCUUAAAACCUUUAAUGCUGCUCUUCUCUUGCUUCUUGGGUUGUUACUAAUAGUGAAAAAUUCCUAACUGUAAAGGAGAAGAGAAACUAGUGUAGUUAAAAAAGAAGCCUUAUUUUCCAUCUUUAAAACUUAUUCCAGCAAUAGGCAUUUUCUCUUUUCACAGAAUCAGUGUACACAGUAAAAAGUCUGAUUUAUUAUGUUGAGAGACCAAAUGACCUAAACUAAAAAAUGCAUGGUAGUGAUGCAAGGGUGGUUCUGGAAAAGGUCCUAUGGGAGAAAUCAUUGCUGAAAGUAUGCCGCAGACACAUGUGAGUUAUUGCAUUGUUUUGAUGCCCACAGCAUUAUGUCUAUCUAAAACAUUUGUGCUGGAGCAAAGAGAGGGGUACAAACAUAUUGAUGCAUGCACAACCAUAAAAAUACAUAUAGCUUGUGGAUAGAAGAAAACAUGUGUCACUUGUUGAGAAUUAUAUUGCAAACAAUAUAGAGUAACUGUCUGUGACAGUAAGGUGAGAGAAAGCAGACAAUCUGUUAAUGAAUGCCCAUGCAUCUGCAGUUUGUGGUCAAAAUACUGCAGCCCUUUUCACUUAGUAGGGGAUUUGAGACAUAGCUUUAGGAUCCAUUGCAUGAGCGACAAGUUGUACCAAAAAUGUAUCCUCAGACAUUUCGUGACUCAGUAGGGACAAUGCAGUGCACAUUGCUUCACUGGUAGUUACUGCAUGUGGUCCCAGAGAUGUUGUAACCCAGUGCUGCCACACAAAGAAAUUACCUAACAGAUCAGCCUCUUUAACCCCCUUCUACUGAAAUGUAGCUAUUAUUUCAAGCAAGAGUUUAAGUUAAAUGUUGGCUUUUAAAAUGUUAUUUCCAAAAUAGACGUUGACAUUGCAAUCCUAUAUAUGCUUUUUCAGAGGUAAGCCCCACUCAAUACAGUUAGACUUUUCAGGUGUAAGAGAGGAACUGAUAUAAAUGUUGAAUUACCAAGUUUAAUAAGCUUUGAAUGGUAGAUUUUACAGAACCUCCUAACAAAAUUAUAGCUUUCCAGAAUGACCAUACCACCUAACAGAAACAUGCUUUUGGAUCAGCAUUAUCCUACAGCAAACACACAUACCAACUGUAUCCCUUUCCAUUAAAAUAAAAGUAUUACAGAUCCUAAAAAUAUCACUUGUACACAGUAAAGACUCGGUUGACUUUGCUCAUAUGUCAACAUCUGUGGCGUGAAAAUUAAGUCAUUUUUCUGCCCCCAGAGAACAAACAAGGUAACAACUUCGGUAGAAGUGAAUGGACACAAAUCUGAUACUAAAUGGGGCAACAUUCCAGUUAGAGGUUUCUACUAAACUCGGUCACCAUACUUCGACAAAAAUAUUUCAAAUAAAAACUUCAGCAUUAAGUGGC